GUUUCGUAUGCAAAUAAGCAUCAUAGUCGAGCAAGAUGGAGGAGGACCGAGUUGAGAUCUGAGUGGAAUUCUCCCAAAUUCUUGGCCACAAUAUGCCCAAGAAGCGCAAUGGAGAAAUUCCAAUCCCCUGUGGCUGGGAGGUUUGCAAAGAUUUCGAUGGAAAAUUAUUUUACAUCGACCAUAACACCAAACAAACAACGUGGAUAGAUCCGCGCGACAGAUACACCAAGCCCCAGACCUUUGCGGAUUGCGUAGGGGAUGAGCUGCCAUUUGGAUGGGAAGAAAGCUUUGAUCCUGUUAUUGGGGUCUUUUACACUGACCACAUAAACAAGACCAAUCAGAUUGAAGAUCCAAGACAGCAAUGGCGGCACCAACAAGAAGAAAUGCUGCAAGAAUAUCUGGUGACAGCCAACGAAGAUUUAGACGCCAAAAAGGAAAUCUUUCAGUUGAAACAGCAGAGGCUUCAACUAGCUCAAGAUGAAUUUGAAAACUUAAAUGAUGCCCUGGCCCACUGGAAGGCCUCCAGGACAAGCUUGAACUCCAACUCCAGUGUCGGCAGCACCAAGCAUGAUCCGGACCUACUGCGAGCAGAUGUGGCCUUGGCAAAAAACAGAGUGGCACGCCUUAAGCGUGAGCUUGAACAGAUACGAACAGAGAUGCAGUACAAGGAACAGGGUGUGGAAACCUUGCAGCAAAUCACAGAGAAGAUGGCAGGGGAGGAGGGUCCGUAUAACUACAACAUCUCCGAGGCCCAGGCCAUCAUGGAGGAGAUUACUAAGAUACAAAAGUCCCUGAAUUCUGGGGAACGGGAGAGACACGAGUUGAUGCAGUCUCUUGCACGUCUGAAGGAAGAUUUCUUACUGAGCAAACUGCAGAGUGAGUCCUCACCUUCAGUGUCCCUCCUUUCACUGCAAUAUGAGAGACCAAGCACUGCCUCACAGACUGAUGUUUCAGGGGAGUACUUGGACACCAAAAUGAGAUUAGCCGAGAUGACCAGACUGAGAUUUAGCUACGAUGAAGCCAGGAAAAGUGUGCAAAACCUCAAACAUAAGUUGGCCAGUGUGGAGGAACGCAUGAUUCCUGGCCAGACAGAAUCUGAUAAAGAUAGAUUAUUAUUGAUUCAAGAAAAAGAGCAGCUACUACGUGAACUGAGAGGGUUGAGCAAGAAGGGCCGCUCACAAGAAGAAAUACUUGAAGUGCGGCGCCAAGUACAACAAUUAGAACAUGACUUGGUCAUGGCGAUGGACACCUCUAGUCGGCAGAUAGCUGAGAGCGGCACCUUUGCACGUCUUUUCCGGAAAUCUCCUUUUGCAAAGUUCCGCCGCUCAGCCACAUCUUCUUCUCCUUCUUCAUCAUGUACCAAAGCAAGAUUAAAGCUUCAGGAAGAGAAAAAUAAAAUCAUAGACCAGCUAUCAGAGGCUACCCGUAUUACAACCUACUUAGAGUCCCAACUUAAAAGUAUAUCACUCAGCACAUUGUCCAUGUCCUCAGGGUCAAGUCGAGGGUCAUUUGGUUCACUGGGGUCAUUAGGGUCACUGUCGGCGAGCAGCAAGGGGUCAUUAAGUUCUUUGAGUUUCACAGACAUUUACGGGGGCCAUUCCCCUUGCAACAGUGAGACAAACCUUCAGGAUUUACAUCGGAGGGUUGAGAAAUUACUACAGGGGCAUAGCAUUUCUCCCAUACAUGAGAUACAGGGUAUGACGUCUUCAGCUGAGGAUAUCAACAUUGGAGGGCCCCAGGGGUACAUCCCCAUACAAGGCAUGGCCACAGCAGAGUAUUUACCAAUGCAGGGAGUGGCGUCAUCUAACGAGGAGAUUAACAUGGCUGUACCACAUGGGUACACGCCAAAAUUAACAAUAGGGUCACAGCAAAAUGUCAGGCAGUCGCCAUCGGCUGAGUCGCCAUUGUCGUCAAUUCCGACGCCACCACCAGUGUCGUCUUUCGAUGUUGGACCUCCUCCGAGUUACGAGGAGCACAUGAGUAACAUGCAGAGGCAGAGGUUAAUUCCUUCCUCUAAGACUGGUUCUAAUAUUGACCAAUCAAACUUACUGAGCAUACAGCAGAAAUCUCAGCAGCAAGGAGGGGGGAGAUCUGGUAUGGGACCAGUCCCAUCGCUGCCUCUUUCUGGACUAGAGUCUGGGAGUGAGGCUGUGAGUGUUCCACCUCUCAGCCCCAUCAGUGAGUCCAGUUCCGGGGUGUGUAAUACGUGCAACCUGUCUGGCGGGAACACCAGGAGUGUGUCUGCGGCCGUCAGUGACGAGUCUGUCGCUGGAGACAGUGGGGUGUUUGAGGCAUCAAUUAAAAGACGUGGUGAAUUUGAUGAUGCUUUUGACCUUGGUCUGGAGUGUGCACAGGUCCAGAUUAGGCUUAAGUAUGAGGCAGUUGAGGGACAGCUCCAUAUAGGUUUGGAGAAGGCAAGGAACCUGGCAGCCAUAGCAGCAUUACCUGAGAAAAGUCAAAUAUGUUUAAAGGCAGCUCUUCUUCCUAACUUGACUGCUUCAUUUGCCACUCAGUUGUCAAAGGACAUCAACAGUCCAAAAUUCAAUGAAACUUUUAAAGUUGCAAUCUCGGAGAGCAAGCUAAGGGCCAAGACGCUGUCUGUUAGUGUGUGCAGUACGACUGAAAGGAAAGACGCGGAAGUCCUGGGCUGUGCCCAGGUGAGCUUGGCAGACUUUGACCCCAAACAGGUCACCACCAGGUGGUACAAUGUCCUCAGCUUCAGGUUUAUGCAUCAAGAGAGCAAGAGGAGCCCAUCCAAGAGCAGCAGCAGAUCCAGUGGAAAUACUGUGGCAGACAGGAACAGUGCAGACAGGGUAGCACAGCUGCUGGAGAAAUCCUCUGCAAAAUUACAGCAAGCAUCUAUGAAUGAUGAGUCUCAGCAGAGCAGUGACAGUGGGAAAGAUGGAAGGGUGCGUGCCUCUUCCUUGGAUGCCUCCCUGUUCAGGGGCCAGAUUUCUGCCGUCUCCACAAUGAAGGAGGAAAGCUCAGACGAGUCCACCAUCAUCUCCUCACAGACAUCCACCCUGACACGUAACCAGGGUCAGGAUGAUAUGGAUCAGAUGAAGUUUGAGAUCACACCAAUGUCAUCUGAUGACAGUGCCGAUGAAGAGGACACAGAAGAGGAGAAGAGGGACUCUUUUGUGAUCCCGGAUGACGUGGACAUCUUAGAAAACUACAGUGGUGCUGAGAUAACGGAAAGUGAGAGCCAAUUUGGGGAAGGAGAGGAGGAGGAAGAAGAGGAUGAUUUUGUGGAAGAUUAUGAUGCAGAUACAAUCAAAAUGGAGGAUAAAGAGACCAAUACGGAGGGCAAUUACAAACUGAAGAACCGCGUCGGGGAGAACAAGCGUCGCUCACAUGCAGAGACAAUGCGAUCCAGGAACAGCUGUAUACGCAGAUCGCAGACUUUCUCACCAGCUGGCGGCCAUGUUAAUGCCAAUUCCUACAUAUGCAAGCUCAACCGUAGUGACUCUGACAGCUCCAUGCCUCUGUAUAAGAGGGCACCUUUCCAACGCAACACCUUGGAGAGGAGAAGCCUUCGAUGGAAAAAAUUGCCUGGUGUGAACAGCUCUGCGGCAACCAAACUGAGGCCAUCACCAGAACGAGGCAGCAUGAGAACAUCAAUCGACCUUGAACUUGACCUCCAGGCCUCGAAGACAAAAUUUAUUCACCUACAGGAUGAGAUAAAUCGUCUUCGUGAUUUAAAGAAGGUGAUGGAAGAGGCAAAAGCUAGAGGUGAAAGUGAGCUGCCUAGCUGGUUUACAGACAGUGAACAGAUGCAGCAACUUUUACAGGAGGCAGACAACCUGUUGAACAGGCCCCAGGGUAGCUAUAUCUCCCGUCAGGACCAGAAGGCGGAGAGACUGAUGAGGAAGAUCACCAAAGAGGCUCACAAGUUACGAACACAGGAGGCUCCAGAUGUCUUGUCUUUCAAAGAAAAAAUGGCCUUCUUCACCACAGUGAACAUGAAAGUGCCAGCUAUCCCACCAGAAGACCUCGAUCUUAUUGGGAAGACACCCGCUGCAAAGUCCAUAAAAGAAGAUGAAAUGAAUAAAACUGCUGCAGCUAUUGCUGCUGUUGCCAUUGAAGAAGCCAAGCAGGGACUGAAGCAGGAAGUGAAAAACAAGUGAACAGAUGAAUGAUAUGUGACAGUAACAUCAAGUGAAUGAAUCGUAUCUAAUGUGACAGAAGCAGUGCCAGAACUCUACUUUUCUGCAGUCGAGAAGAAAAUGGAGUUUAUCAAUAAGGCAUAUGCAUUGUCUGUAAGCAGAUAUGUUACACUGAAACUGCCAAAGGAAACUGAGAUGCUGAGUGACCUCAUAACAGAUAAAUCAGUAUUGUCCUCUCAGCUUAAGGAACUGUAAGAACAUCCCAAAAGAGAGCGAAAAGUUGUGUUUCUCUCUGUAUACAACUAGACACAAGAUAGCAGUCAAAAUUGAGGAACAACAAAAUUCUGGAGACCAGAAUAACUGUAGAACAUGAAAGGAUUUACAGCAAAGAGGAUGGAAAAGGCAUUUAUGUCCCAUCAAAUAAACUCGACAAAACUGCUUUGAUUCAAGAGAGCUGUAUGUGGCUCAAGAGGCUGAAGUUGAGAAGUCGAUUUGCUCACAAGUGUUCACAGGGCUGCCGCCACCUUCAGACUUGUAUUCUUUUUGUUCAGUCCAAAAAGAGUUCAGAUUCUCUGCAAUACGAGUUUUAUACCAACUGAUAUUACAUGGGCACUGCCUGGGCACAUUCUCGGGUCUUCCUUAUUGAGGAAGGAGGUCCUUUUCACUACCAGCAGGUAGUUUGGAAUGAAGUGGACAGAGUGUGAAUGUUGUGUAGAUUUUAAUAGAUUUUGUAUUGAGGAUUGGUUUUAGAUAAGCUAGAACUAUGCAAACCCCCCUGUGUUCAAGUCCCAUUUUCUUACAAUAAAUGGGCAAAAAAUGUAGCCCUCAUUGUAACCUUGUGAGAUGCAUGUUGCCAUAACUGGUUUUAUAUGUGUAAGUGCAACAAAUUUUUGUAAUAUCAGAAUGUAUUGACUAUUUCCUAGCCUCAAAAUGUUUAACAUAGCUAAAUGUUUGGAUUGUAAGAUGUUUUGCAGGAUACAGUGAGUAAGAGCAAUUUAUAAAAAAUUAAUUCCAGUUUGGCACUCUUCGGAAUGUUACUGAUGCAUUAAGAGCAAUCUAAAAAAAAUUAAGGAGGUAGUGCCUUUAAAGAAACCCCCCUCAUGGAUUUGAUAAGUUUUUUAAUGGUAAUUAAGUAUAAGGGUCCUAUGAUAAAUGACCUGGGGUGGGUGAGUCAAAGUGUAGUUAAAGAUAAUUGUAGUUAAAAAUUUAUUACCUGUUUUAGAAUUGAUCACAGGCAUAAGACAUGUUUUACAGAUUUUAUUUAAUUAAUUUUGGGGGGUCAAGGUUUUCAUUGCCCUUUUGUUUUUAUUUAUUUAUUUUUAUCUUUGAAAGUUUACAGAAUUAGCUGGGUUAACAUAAAAAGACCUUUUAAAUUAAGUAAAAUAUUCAUUACAAAAGUGUUUUAAGGGUUGGUAGGGUGGCAUUAGGCUUAAUUAACAUACUGUUUGUCAAGUAACUAUUUAUAUGUGUACAAAAGAAAAAAAAUGAAAAAAAAAAACGAGAGCACUUCAUCGAAGUAGUAGCUGAAUAAUGAAAUAACAGUUUAGGGCAAGAACCCUAUCACAGCUUGUUAUGGUAUCCUAUGUGUGAUCAUGUCUACAAUUUUGAUUAUUAUUAUUAUUAUUAUUAUUACUUGUUAAAUAGUGUACAAAUGUUGUAAAGCUACUCCCUGUGUAUAUAUUUGUAUGUGAAUAUUCACAGUUGUCAUGGAAACCAACCUCUUCAUACGAAAGUGUUUCUUAUGAUCGACCCAACGGAACGUUCCUAUCACUCAAAGGUAUUAUUAUAUUAUUUGUUAAAUGUAAAUGUUUACAGGUGUCUUUUAAAUGAAAAAUAGCUUUUAAAAACUGUUAAAAAUUGUAAUGAGACACCUAAAUUAGUUUUAAUCCUUGUCAUAAUAUAUAUAAGUAUCGGCAGCCAGCCAUUCCCAUUUCAUCAUUUUUAUUCAUGUUUGAUUGAGGAGUGAAACGCAAAAAGGAUGAGUGGUGGUUGAAAUUUUGUUAGUGUCAUCGUUCUCUCAGUAAGUUCAAGAAUAUACUCAUGGACGGUUAGAUCCCCGCUAUUACAGCCUGUACCGCAAGUUGGGUAGCUGUAGACUUUGUGUAUAAUUUCCCGUCCUCAAUAUACACGCCACCAGUGCCGCUGCCUCGCCUUUUUGUCGCCCCCCUCCUUAACGUACGGCAUGGUUUGUGCAUACACCACUCCUUAUUACAUCUACUACGUGUACCUUCUGUAGAAGAUUGACAGAAUCGAACUGGAACAUUUAUAUUUUGCAUAAAAUAAAAACAUUGAAAAUA